AUGGUGGUCCGCGUCUCCCACGCUCUGUUGGCCCUGGCGGCUCUCGUCCCCGCCGUCGCUGCGCAUUCCAGCCAGACGUGCCGAAUAGUUCAGCAUGACUUCCCCGCUGGCACAAACAAGAAUGAUCCUCGUGCCGAAGCCGUGAAGCAGGCGUACGUCCGCGAGUGGAAUCAGUAUUACAAAUAUGCAUUCCCCCGUGACGAUCUCCUGCCUCUCACCCACAGCGGCACCAAUGACCUGUUCGGUUGGGGUGCCACUGUUGUCGAUGGGCUUGAUACUGCCAUUGUCAUGGGCUUGACCGAUAUCGUCGAAGAGCAGCUGAAGCACAUUUAUUCAGUUGAUUUCACAAAGUCUGCCUAUAUCGUCGACUUCUUCGACAUAAACAUCCGUUAUAUUGGAGGUCUGUUGUCCUCAUAUGACUUGCUCAAGAGUGGAAAGUUCCCCAACCCAUAUGACGAACAUCUCGUCGAGGCGCUCCUGUCCCAGGCCAAGUCUCUGGCGACGGCUAUCAGCCCUGUAUUUGACACCGUGACUGGUCUCCCGGCGUCCCAGAUGAACUUGACGACUGGUGAAGUUAUCCAGUCCACCAGCACCAUCAAUGGCACCCAGUACAACAGUACCAACACCGCCCAGGCCGGAACCAUGAUUCUGGAGUAUUACCGUCUAUCGGAUCUAACUGGCGAUGAAUCUUUCCGUGAGCAUGCCAAGAAAGCCGAGAACUUCUUGAUCAACCCAAGCCCUCCUCCCAUCUACCCGGGCCUUGUCGGCACUGAGGUCAAUACUGACACGGGCAAGUUCAUCACUUUUGAUGCUGGCUGGGAAGCUGGCGUAGACAGCUUCAUUGAGUAUCUGAUCAAGACUUACCAGUACGAUCACUCGGAUGAGUAUGCGCAGCAGAUGCGUGACUUCUGGGUUGUCACUGCCGAGUCGACCAUCAAGAAUAUUGCACUGAACCCGUAUCACCGCCCCGACCUGACCUUCCUGUCGCAAUCUGACACCAACGGCAACCUCAUGUGGAGUAUGGAUGACUACGCCUGCUUCGCUGGUGGUAAUCUCCUCCUAGGUGGAGCCCGCCUGGGCCGAUCCGACAUCCUCGACCUGGGAGUCAAGGCGACUGACGGCUGCCACUGGCUAUUCAACACCACCUUGACCGGCCUAAACCCCUCAACGUGGGCCUGGUACAACGCCAACGACACAGCCUACGACAGCCAAUACAACGACAACGCUACUUACCGCGCCGAAGCCGCCAAGAACGGAUACUUCAUUGAAGACCCCUCAUACCGCGACUACCCCGAGCCGAUCGAGAGCAUCUUUUACGCGUACCGCAUCACGGGCGAUACCCGCUGGCAAGACUACAACUGGAAGAUCUUCCAGGCUCUGGACACCGAGCGGUCCAAGUCUGUUCCCUACGCUGAGAUCUCCAAUGUGGAUGAGCCCGGUGGUGGGGAGUUGAUCAACUAUGUUGCCAGCUUCUACUUCGCUGAGGUCCUCAAGUAUCUCUACCUCUCCUUCACCGAGACUGAUGUUAUCAGUCUGGACGAGUUUGUUUUCAACACUGAGUGCCACCCUCUGCGCAUCAAGGAGCCUUGCGGUGGCUUCACCUAG